UUUUGACCUUGAUUCAAAAUCAACGGAGGAUGAAAGACCUUGCAAUUUUUCCGACAAAAAUGUACCAGAGAACUCUUCUAACAAUGAAAAGAAGCAUCAGUCAGCCGACCAACUUUCUGAUUCUGCUCACAAAACCCAACUAUCCAUUGGGGACAGAGAUAAUAUUCCAGAAAAUAAUAAGAAGAAAAAUUAUCUUACUAUGGCACAGAGGGAACAUUCUCAAGGCAAUUACUUGACAAAUGAUAAUUCUGAUAACAACCAAUAUUUUUGUCUUCCGUCUUCUGGUGAUGGUUCUGCAGAAGUAGUUUUGCCGGAAAUCAAGACAGCGAGCACUCCUUUCGAUGCUGACAAGCCAAGAGAAAUAAUGAAAAAACAUGGUUCUAUACAGCCAAUCAGCAGUUCGCCUUCCAUGAGCUCUAGCCCUGUAGAUUCAUAUAAUUCAGGAUGCUGGACAAAAGCAAGUGAGAAUGAAUUACCAAAUCCUGGUAUUGUGCUUCAGAAUCAAAGCCAAGGCCCAAUAACCGGGAUAAGCGGAAGUCUCACUGGUUCAAUUCAAAUUACAAAAGAUGCUAACAACUCCACUGGUCCAAAGAAAUCUAUUGAGGGAGUGAAGAAUAUUGAUGAGAAGCAGAAUCAAUGCCAAAAACUUAAACUACCACCUGAGAAACAGAACUCACGAGAAAAUCUUAUUCUACCACCACUGAAGAGGGAGAUAACAUUUGGAGGAUCUGCAAAGCUGCGUGGAUUAAUAAGCUCCGGCCUACAAUCGAAAGCUAUCAGUAAGUUGGAAGAUAAUAUUGCCCAACAAUUCCCAGCAUUAAUAUCAAAGCCAUUCAAUUCUACGUUGGAGGCCAGAACAAAGACAACUCAUGCAUCAUCCACCACUAACGAGAGCAG